AUGAAUUUGCUUCUUAUAGAUAAAAAUUGGCAACACUUACUAUUUAUCUUACAUAUAUAUUUUCUCUUUUUUGUACAAAUAUAUGGUCAAAGACUUGAAAUUAAACGAAAUGUAGAUGAUGUCAAUAAUGAUCAGGUUCAAUCGGUUUAUGUUCCUUUGAAGAAAGUGUUUGUUGAAGCAACAAUUCAUUCAUUUGCUGCCGAUGUAACAAUUAUUCAAGUGUUUCGUAAUGACGAAGAAACACCGAUUGAAGCUGUUUAUUGUUUUCCUAUUGAAGAACAAGCAGCAAUCUAUUCGUUCGUUGCACGUAUUAAUGAUCGAGAAAUUGUUGCUCAACUUAAAGAGAAAAAAGAAGCACAGAAUGAAUAUACUCAAGCUCUACGAGAAAAUCAUGGCGCUUAUUUAUUGGAACAAGACGAAAAAUCCCAGGAUAAUUUCAUUAUUAAUAUCGGUGCAUUACCACCAUCAACCGAAUGUACAAUCACUAUUGCAUAUGUCACUGAAUUAGAUCUGGUAGAUGGACUUAUUAUUCGUUUCGUUAUUCCUACUACUAUAGCACCUCGAUAUGAUUCUAAACAGGGUGGAAUUUCAUCUCCUGCAAGCACUACUUCCAAAUAUGUUCAAAAAAGUCCGUAUACUAUUAAAUUUUAUUGUUAUAUCAAGAAAAUAGUUGGAGAGACUGGACAGUUAAUUCGUAAAGUAAGCUCAUCAUCUCAUCCAAUAGAAGUUAAUUCUGAUCAACAAGACGCUUAUGUAAUAAGGUUUGCUGAAGAAAAUACUCAUUUAGAUCGAGAUAUUCUUAUUAAUAUUGAACUGGCAGAAAAACAAGUUAAUACCAUUUUGACUAUUGAAUCAAAUGCUGUCAUGGCUACCUUUAUUCCUACUGAAGAAGAUUGUCGACAAGCACGAAAUAAUGAACAGACGAAUGUGUUUAUCUUUGUCGUUGAUUGCAGUGGAUCAAUGACGUCAGAGAAUAAGAUUGGUUUGACUCGAGAUGCUGUUAUGCUAUUUUUGAAAAGUCUGCCUGCUAAUUCUCAAUUCAACAUCAUUCAAUUUGGUUCCAACUAUAUGACUUUAUUUUCUGAGAUUACUGUUGUUUACAACGAAGCAAAUCUUCGACAAGCCGAACGAAUGGUUAGUCACAUGCAGGCUGAUUUGGGUGGAACUGAAUUAUUAGCACCAUUACAAUGGUUGAAAAAAUAUAAUAUACUUUAUCAAAACGUCAAUAUAAAUCUNUAA